AUGUCUUCGCUUGAUCUUGACCUCGUUGCUCCCACGAUCCAUGUCAAUAGCCAGUGCUAUGAGAAGCGUGACGUUUCUGCUUUGGCAGGGCACGUCGUUCUCUCAGCGACUUCAUUCCCACCUUUGGCCAAUUUGACCCAUAUCCACGUUCGGUUUAUUCAAUUUGUGACAUCUACAGCGGAUAGCAAAACCACUUGGCGGGAUUUAUGUCGGUUCUACAAAUCAACGAAGAAAUCACACCAGCCGAGUUCAAGGAAUGAACGAACUAUUCAACACGUUUCUCUCCCGAUACUGUCCAAAGGACUAGUGAGUUCCGCAGGGAGGAUUGUCUCAAAGUCUUACUUCAACUUGGAGAUUCCAACAAACAUACCCGGAACGACAGAAACACCUAUUGGAAGCAUCACCUACGCGAUAGAAGCCACGGCAGCGACAUCAAAACAUGUGCUUAUCACCAACCGCCGACCCCUAAAGCUUAACCGCCAAGUAAUUCAGUCUGACCCGACAAAGACUCAGUAUCGCGUAUACUUCCCAACCUCAAACUCCAUACAAGGGAUGAUCCUCUCGCAAAACUCGACACCGAGAUCUGGACCGCGGAUCUCAUUCACGGCUACAAUACAUACUCGUUGGGAGACAGCCCAGGCGGAUCGUGCAACAGAGCGUCGCCAUAUUGUGGUACGAGAACUGAGGUGGCAAGCCGAAGAGAUAGUCAAGCUCAUGAGCAAGUCCAAUAGCUCAGACGAGAAAUAUUCUAUCUGCGAACGACAGUCGGUCCGCAAGUUAUGCGAUGGAAGUACAAAAGAGUACUGGGGAUAUGGUCACAACCCAUACAUUAAGCAACCACACGGACAGAACGUCGAGGGAAAGGGAGGAGAGAAUUCGAAUAUUUGCGUUCCGUUUGGUUUCACAAUCCCAAAACAGGUCGCGGUCGUCGAUGACAUUGACCUUGCUGCAUAUGAUAUCGGCGCGGAUAGGGUUGGCGAUAUUCCACAGUGCAGUUUUCCUAGGGACGUUUGUUUCCCCUCGCCGGAAAAAAUGACGAAGGGAAUUAUUGUUUAUCAUCAGUUGAAGAUUGAAAUUGUUACAGGGGAAGAUGUGUUUCAUAAAUGUACUGGCAAGCUUGUGGAGCGGAUCCAGCAAACUAUUACAUGUCCUGCAAUUCCGUUGAGUGUUUGCGAAGUAUCUAUCUAG